AAACUACCAUCCCUAGACACAAAACAAAAGUAAACAACCGACAAAUAUACACUGACGACACGGCCGGAACAAAUUGGUGGCAUUGGUGUUAUCGCCACAACGCACCCACCCAUCCUGUGAUGCCUCCUGAGUGUCUCGGGGCAUCACCCAUCUCCGGUUGACCGGAGCCUAUUCCAGGCGGUCUGGCGACCAGCCCAUCUCCCCCCAGGUAUUUACUCUACUCCGUUUUCAUUCUUAUUAUUUAUUUUAUAUAAACAUUCCUGAUAAUAUUACUAUUUCCCUUUCUAUUUGGUAUACUCCCUCCCGGCGAGAGCGUGGCCCUAGCCAGGGAUGCGCUUGCUCCAAGGCUGCGCUGUUGGGGGACUUAAAAAGCUAGCGGAGGAGAAGCACCUUAAAACAUUUGGCCUCAAACGGCCCCACGACAAUUACUCCCUCUUUAGGGUCCCUAAUCCCUGCUGGAGCUCCAAGAGAAAUCUAGGGACAGGGGUUCACGACCAAAAGAAAACAAAACAAAAGGUCAAGGAAACACCAUUACCGGGCUUCUUCCCCGUUCCCCCUUUGGUCACAGCUCCUGUGUUGCACCAAUCCCGGACCCGGGAUACGGCCAAGCGGAAAACAGAGACAACCUUACAAAUACAGAGACACAAAAUACGAACUAAACUAUCCUAACCUAAUUGAAAUUUAAAUUCAAAUUUAACUCCGGUAGGGCCCUCCACCCGGAACGGACUCACCGGACUAGCCCUUGGCGGCUUCGGCGUCGGAGCGGGCGGCACGCUGUCCUGGCGACUCUGUCCUGGCGCCUCUGGGUUCUCAACUCGGACGGCGCUGAAGCGGCGGCACGGGCGGUGCUAAGGCGGGGCACUGGCGGCGGCACUGGGCAGCGCGGAGGCGGUGUCCACGGAUCGGCACUGAAGCGGCGGCACUGGGCAGCGCGGAGGCGGUGUCCACGGAUCGGCACUGAAGCGGCGGCACUGGGCCGCGCGGAGGCGGUGUCCACGGAACGGCACUGAAGCGGCGGCACUGGCGGUGCUAAGGUGGCGUGGGCUUCGGCGCUGCGGCUCCCAACUCGGACGGCGCUGAAGUGGCGGCACGGGCGGUACUAAGGCGGCACGCUGCGGCUCUGGGCUCUCAGCUCGGGCGGCGGCACUGGGCACCGCGGAGGCGGCGUCCACGGAUCGGCACUGAAGCGGCGGCACUGGGCAGCGCGGAGGCGGUGUCCACGGAUCGGCACGCGCGCACUCUCAGGCAGUCAACGGUUAAGAUUUUUUUUCUUUUCGAAAAAUAACCUCGCGCCACGUUUCUUUCCAAAAAUUGACUCCCCGUUUUUUUUCUCCUGCACCUCCCUUUAUUGCCUCCGUUCCCAAAGCUCCACGCCGUUACCUUUUUUUCUUUCCUCCUUGCCCUUCCGAGAGAAAGGGUAAAAAACCUUUCUCUUAAGCCUGCUUUGAAAGUUCCCGGUUCGCUCAGCUUCCUCCUCCCCCCUGGGACCACCGAUCCUGCCUCUCUCUAUCGAUACAUCGAUAGCCUCUUCCCCUCCGAACUCCGAAAUGCAACAAUUGUUCCAUUUGCCUGAAAAAGUCUUCGGAAGAGAUAGUAAAAAUACAAAUAAUAAAUGGGUCAGUUUGUUCAUUACUUCAUGGGAUGACAUUGAAUUCCAGUUGGCAAAUUUAUUCAAGUUUGUCUCAAUGGAAGGAUAUUUUAGAGUGGGCUAUUUUGAUCUUUCUGACCCGCACACCCUUGCUAAUAGAGCCAUGUCGAAUUCUCCAAAAUUCUUUGUACAGAUACUCCAGAAUUGCUGUCAAAUACACAAAUUUUGAUUAUGAAAAUAACACGAAAUUUGUUUAAAUUACGUGGCAACGCCGUGGGAAAAGAAGUAAAAUUAAAUAAAAAUGGACAGGAAAUCGUAAUUGUUCUGGGCCAGGUGAAGGAGCAUUUUCGAUCAACAUCACUGGUUUGCAAUGUUCAGCGCUUUCCAACACUUAACCCCUUUGUUUCGGCCACCCACCACCCACAUCAGACUAUCCAAACUGAUAAAGCGUCUAAGGAGUCAUCAACAUGGUGGACAUAAAUUUGGAGGUGCACCUGAUAGAGCCGACGGCCACUCGAUUCACGGAGGAGCAGCGGCAGCGUGUCAGGGAUGCCUACCUGGAAGCAGUGCGCAUUCUGUUGGUGCUGCUGGAGAACAUCCUUUCGCAGCCGAAUAACGUCAAGUUCCGCACAAUACGUCUGGAUAACAAGACGAUCAAGGAAAAGUUGCUAAGCCUGCCCGGAUGUGAGAGACUGCUAGAUGCCAUCGGCUUCGCACGCGCUCCCGGGUCAAACGCAUUUACUUUGCCCAGUGAGGCAUCCCUGCAGCAGGUUCAGAGGUACCGGGACGCAUUGCGUGAGCGGCGGUCGGCCUGGAUCAGUGGGGCUGUGCCCAAAAGUUUGCCCCAACAAUCCGCCGCCACCAACAGCACCCCCUCGCCGUUGUUUAUUAAACCAUCUGUGGAAUAUCGACAGCGGAUCGCCUUUCCCCGAGUACUGCGCACCUCUAACAACUUUCUGCAGUCGUUGGAGCUUUACUCGGAUGCUGUUAUGCAGUACGAGGACGAACUGCUGCUAGCCACUGGCCGCACUCUGAUCCCCAUUGACGAGUUAACGUCCAAGGCAAGCGAGAAACUUAUAGAUGCGCAGGAGCGGAUCGCCUCGGGCGAGUGCCUGGAAAAGGAGCCCUGCAUACGCGACCUCCUACUCGUCGAGCUGGUAAACUGGUUCAAUACCGAGUUUUUCGAAUGGGUUAACAACAUUCCUUGCCGCGUGUGCGGAAGCGAUGAGAGCAAGCUAAGACGCACGGAGCGUGUCGGCGAUGUCCGGGUGGAGGUCACCGUAUGCUGCGGCCAGGAAAGCAAGUUCUACCGUUACAACGACAUCUCUCAGCUUCUGGUCUCUCGCAAGGGACGCUGCGGAGAGUAUGCUAACUGUUUUACAUUUAUGUGCCGCUGCCUGGACUACGAUGCUCGUAUUGUACACUCCCACUUCGACCACGUAUGGACCGAGGUGUAUUCGGAUGCUCAGAUGCGCUGGCUGCACGUGGAUCCAUCUGAUAAUGUUGUGGACUCUCCGCUUAUGUACCAGCAUGGUUGGAAGCGCAGCAUUGAUUAUAUACUCGCAUACUCGCGGGACGACGUUCAGGACGUGACCUGGCGUUACACAAACGAUCACCAGAAGAUCCGACAACUUCGGAGGCUGUGCGAUGAAAAAGAACUGGUGCAUACACUGGACGAGAUUCGCAUCAAGCGGCGUAGGAAUUGCACCGCCGAGCGGCGUAGGUUACUUAGUCAGCGGAACUUGUAUGAAAUUAUCGCCUUGACCCUCGAGCGCCAGCCGACUGAGAACGAACUGAAGGGCAGAAGUUCCGGAAGCCUAUCUUGGCGUCAGUCGCGCGGCGAGCAUACUUUCACCAACAUUUUUGUUUUCACCCCAAAUGAACCUGAGCUCCGUAACCGAAAACUAAAUGUCCGUUACAGCUGCGCCACAGAUACCUACGAACGCUACACCAGUGAUGCAGGAGGUGUAACUGUUCUGGAGACUUAUAAAACCUGGCAAAGGGCUCAGUUUUCCUCAAAGAACAUUCUUCGAAAAGUAGAGCGCGAUUGGAAAAUGGCAUACUUAGCGCGACUCGAGGACACCGAAUACGGAGAAAUCGUUUGGAAGUUUGAUUUCAGCAAGGCUAGCCUGAAAGUAAAGUCCUAUAAGUUGGUCUUCGAAACGAAAACGUUUGGCGAGGGAAAAAUCGAUGUUUCUGUUGCGACCAUUGAUGGGACUGUUUCUAUUGAGAACUCUAGUGGAUUCCAGAUUGUAGCCAAGCUUAGCGGUGGCAAGGGCGACGUGGCGUGGCAACACACCCAACUUUUUCGACAGAGCUUGAAUUCCCGAGACUACCCGUUCGAUUUGCAGGUGGAGCUGCACUAGGACCUGUGCAGAAGUAGAGUGAUGGGUAUUAAUUCCUAAACAAUAUUUUAAAAAAACCUGUACGAUAACCCAAUUGGUUUAAAGUAUUUACUGUACUGUAAUACAAAUUUAUAUUAUAAAUUUA